CAGCAGUAUAGUCUCUCUCUCUCAAACCAAAAGGCUCGUCCAUCACUUAGGGCCCAAGUUCAGUAACCAUGGUCUUGCUCCGAAUGUCGAAUAGGCUCUGUCGGACAGUCACUGCAACUUGCAGUAUCCGGCCUGCGUUCAUUCUCUUUGAAGACGACAAUAAAGCUUCCGCUGAUCAGGGUUUUAGAGUGUGAAACUGGAGACCUUCGUAUUAACGGAACAAAUUGAAGCGAAAAGGGGAGGAGGGUUAGAGAUUGGGAGAGUGACGUUAUUUUCGUAGUUAUGUCGAAUCGGCCGGAGUUACUAGCGCCACCGGAGAUAUACUACGACGAUGCGGAGGCUUGCAAAUACACGUCUUCUUCUCGCAUAAUAGAGAUUCAGGCGAAACUCUCAGAGAGAGCUCUGGAGCUUCUUGCUUUGCCCGAUGAUGGAGUCCCGAGGUUACUCCUUGACAUUGGUUGUGGGUCGGGAUUGAGUGGGGAGACACCAUCUGAAAAUGGACAUCAGUGGAUUGGCUUAGACAUAUCACAAUCAAUGCUUGAUGUUGCUUUGGAACAGGAGGUCGAGGGUGAUCUUCUACUCAGUGAUAUGGGUCAGGGUUUACCAUUACGCACUGGAGUUAUUGAUGGGGCCAUCAGCAUAUCUGCUAUUCAGUGGUUAUGCAAUGUGGACAAGACGUCCCAUGAACCACGAUUACGACUGAAGGCUUUCUUUGGAUCAUUAUAUAGAUGCUUGUCAAGGGGAGCAAAGGCAGCAUUCCAAAUGUACCCAGAAAAUGUAGCCCAGCGUGAGUUGAUUUUGAGUUCUGCAAUGCGUGCUGGAUUUGCUGGUGGUGUGGUUGUUGACUAUCCCCACAGUUCAAAGAUGAGGAAAGAAUUUGUUGUACUCACUUGUGGUCCACCGUCAAUAAGCUCAUCUGUCCCUCAGGGCAAAGGUCAAGACGGGGAGAGUUGUUCAGAUGAUGAAAGUAGCACAAAUGAAGAGAAUCAGACGGUCUGCAUCUCGGACAGGCAUAGACCAAAGAAAAAACAGAAAGUAACCAAGAAAGGGAGGACUCGAGAAUGGGUACUGAAGAGGAAGGAAAAAAGGAGAAGAAAAGGAAAUGUUGUGCCUCUUGACACUAAACACACAGGUUGGAAGCGAAAGGCUCGCUUUUAAUUUCUUAUAUGGGAUUGUCUUUUUCUUCUCCCGGAUUCCAUUUGUAUACAAAGGGUCUAUCUAUUCUUUCCGCUGCUUUUUUAAACCCUGAUGACUCUUACCUUGGAAGACAACAAAUGUACCCAUAUUAGGUCUGUCAUGAGUGAAUUUUCAGUCUGAUGUUUUAAUUGCAAUCAUGGUAGCUAGGACCAAAUGUACCCAUAUUUGUCAUUGCGUUGUGUUGAUAUAUUUUGCCUUUAGGAAGGAUAUAAGAUGAAGUUCCAAA